GCCAGUGACAUCUGUCUCGGUGCGGGGGCCUGGUUUGGGGAUCUCCCUCCUCCUCCUUCCGUUUACUUUGCAGCUCAGACUUCUUUUUCUGCCAGCAGAACUGAGUUAACUUCACAACAACUCACAGCCGGAGAGGGAAGGGCAAAUUGGAGAAGCCCUAUGAGCGAAGUGAGAGGAGCGUAGUGAUGUGGAUUGAAGUGAUGAAACGGUAUUGAACCAUUUCAGGUUUUGCUUUUCGUCGGCAUCGUGUCUCUCCCGGUGUCUUUCCCGGGAAGCGCGAGGCCGAGCCGUGCGAUGAUGGAGGACUUUGAUGAGAUCUACGAAGAAGAGGAGGAGGAAGAGGAGGACGAGGACAGGGCCGCGGAGGAGCAGCUCCUCAAGUACGCUCCGGACCCAGUGGUAGUGCGGGGAUCCGGCCACGUAACUGUGUUUGGGCUUAGCAACAAAUAUGAGUCAGAAUUUCCUUCAGCACUUACAGGAAAGGUGGCACCAGAGGAAUUCAAAGCCAGUAUCAACCGUGUGAACAGCUGCCUGAGGAAGACACUGCCAGUGAAUGUGCGGUGGCUCCUGUGUGGCUGCCUCUGCUGCUGUUGCACUCUGGGCUUUAGUUUGUGGCCUGUCAUCUGCCUCAGCAAGAGGACAAGACGAUCCUUAGAGAAGCUCCUAGAGUGGGAGAACAGCAGACUGUACCACAAGUUGUGUUUGCACUGGAGAUUAAGCAAAAGGAAGUGUGAAACCAACAACAUGAUGGAAUUUGUAAUCCUAAUCGAGUUCCUACCUAAGAUCCCCAUCUUCAGACCAGACUAACCUGACUGCAGCUCAGCUGAAACCUUUGCUGCUGCCCAGCUCUGUCACAGAAUCACAGUGGCUGUCAAGCUCCAAAAUAAAUACCCUUCCCCUCUGUUUACAAUGUAGCAUUGAUUCUCCCACACAUAUUUUUACUGCCCCCUUGUUUAUAAAUCCAGCAUCCCCAUACUGGGUUUCAGAGUGAAGUCACCAUCAGUCCAUGACCUAACACACGAGCAGCACACUGUCAAGCCCUGCUAACCGGCACCAACCUGUGGGGAUGUCAGAGGAGAACCAGCCAUGGGCAGCGUUAUUGAUUUUAAAGCGACAGCUGGAGACUGGACUCUGGAAUUCAGUUCUGUGAGCUGAAAUUCUGUAACUUGUAUGUUGCCAAACCUAAGCAUAUGGCACAGUCGGACCAUGAUAAAACGAAGACUUUCAUAUGUUAUCUAUUGUCACAGCGGCAACUUCACCUGCAAAAACGGAAACAAAAAAAAAACACCUUAGUGCUUUUGUAACAAUUGGUUUGGUGUUCUCCUUACCAGAGGCUGUGGAGGCAACAUGAAACUCCAAAGGAACCUUUAAUCCAAAUCAGCUCUGUAGCGGACAGAUGAGUCUUAGAGGAACAUGUUAGGCCAGUGGACAAAACUCAAUACCGUCACUCUUAUCAACCACCGGACCCUUACCUCUGCAUACUCCACUGUGCGUCACCCUAACCCAGUGACAAUCACACACGUACUCUCCAUAAGUAUGAAUGGGUUUUUAUGCUCCAUGUGUUUAUGUGAAAACAAUGUUUUUUUUCACCAUUAUGUGUGUCCAGGUGAUGGGCUGGCUGCCUACGAACUGCUUCUGAGUCACAGUGGAACAUGUAAGCUGGAAAGAUGGCCACUGGUGAUGAAGAGAAGAAACCUUUUCUUUUGCAUUAUAUUUUUUAGUAUCUCAAUUUUUGUUUACCUUUUUUUCUUUGGUGAGAAAGAGCAGUCGAUGUUUGUAGACGUGUUCAGAACUUUUUGUGUGAGAGAGAAACAAGCAAAACAGACAAAUCAGACAUGGAGAGAGUUUUGACUCUAAAGCAGGGUUCUUUCUUUUAGGUUUUUAUUUGCCAUAACGUUGUUGUAAUAAGUUAUAAACACAAAGUGUGUACAUAUAUAAUGUGCACUUAUGAAACAGGCCAGUUUUUUUUGUUUUAUAGUAUGUUGUUUCCUUUCUGUCUCUUGUGAUCGUGUGUAGAAACUAAAGCACACAAUAGCUUUGUCCAUAACACCUUGACAUGGCCUCUCUUGCUUAUCUACAGAGCUUGACUUGCUUACAUGUGUGCUCAAGUUAAAGAUGUGGCUCUUACAAGACUGUUCCCCUGGUUCAGAGGUCUGGGGUGACCAUGAGUGUUGGAUCCUCUUUAUUAGGUGUUAGGUAAUACCAGGGUUCUGUAUCAUAAAGCAGGUUUAUUAAGUAAAACAGGACUAGUCCAGACCAGGAAUGGCUGAUGGCUUAUGUGGCUGCAAAAUGCCAAACAAAUUAAAGCUAAUGUUGCUCUGUCUCUGCUGGAGGUGUAAAUAAACAACUAAUUGCUAUUCAGUUUUAUGAAGUGAUAAGCUGUUGACGCAGGUUUAAGGAAAAUGGUUUUUCUAGGCUCAGUUUAGUUAAACUACCUACCCAAGUAACAAUCCUGCUUUGUGGUAAAUGCAUCAGAUUUUUAAAACAUCAUAAAGCACAUCUCAGUUUAAUGAAACUCAUUUUCCACCAAUUAGGAGGAAAGGCAGGAACUGGUCUGUUUGAACACGGUAUAGAUUUAGCUUUUCCCACUCAGCACAGCUCAUGAUUUAUAAAAACACCCAGACACAGACUGUGUAUUGAAAGCAUUUGAGAAAAGCUCCUUAGUUUAAGGUCACUUGGCUCUGGUUGAUUGUAUGAGUCGCACUCAGGGGAUUAUACUAGAUAAUAUGUAGCAUUGGAAAAUCUCACCAUCAGGUAUGUUCCAAAGUUGCAGCAGGGGGUCAAGUGUAAUAUAAGACUCGCACAUUACUUGAAUAAUUGUAAAAUGUAUUUGUAGCUUGUUUCAAAAUUGAAACAUGCCCCUAAGAGUGAGACAGCUAACAUUUUAUAACCUUUCUGGUGUCUUGUUCAGACAGUAAUGGAAGCACAUAUACCAUGGACACACAAAGCUCCCACAGUGUUGGUUUAUAUGUGAGAAGAUCCAAAUUCACUUGAUAACUACUGGGUUGCCUAUUGGUUCGUCAGUCACUGUGUGUAUUUUUUUGAUCUAUGUAAACCAAGGCACAAGGCCAUAUGCAAGAUAUUUGUGGUGCGUGUGUGUGUGUGUGUGUGUGUGUGUGCAUUCAUUAUACAGAUGAAAAUGUCCUUCAUAGAUCUCAGACUGUGAUUGAACUCUG